UAUGGUUGGAUUGUGUGCGUUUUCUCUUUUCCGUACUGUGAAGUUGUGAGCUCAUUAUUUUGAGAUAUACACAUGCUUUUAAAAAAAAUCAAACAACAAUUUUCAUUUGCAUGUUAUAUGUGUAUAUAUUUGUAAGAAGUAUCAUGUAUUAUUUUUUAAUUUGAUAAAUAUUGUGACGUGAUAGUGCAAUUUUGGAGGUAAAAUGCCCGCUUCAAUUUGUGACCCAGUAUCAAGCGCAUUGCGUUUAUCAUUAACGCCUGAAGAAUCUCAAAGUUCAUCAUUGUUAGAUAGUAGGCUUUAUUCAUCAGCUAAAAGUGUUUUGUUGUCUAAAAUUGAAUUCGAAGAAUCUGGAGAUUAUCAGAGCAAUGUUCUCGAUGGUUUAAAAUCUAAGUACGUGGUUAUUAGACCUAAAAAACCUGUACUCGACACCAAACUGCUUAAAAAAGAAGUGAAUUCAGGCAGUCAAUGUAUAGAAGGCACUAAAAAUGUUGAAGAAGGCUUACCAAAUCCUAAGAGGGUUUUUUUUCCUGUUGAGAAGGUUCAAUUGGGGUGGCAGACUGGAUGGGCUGCUGGAUCUGGAAUUCAGAAUGUUGGGAACACUUGUUAUCUUAAUUCUUCAUUACAAGCUCUUUUUCAUGUUCCUGCAUUUGCUAACUGGCUUGCUUCGGAAGCAGCUCAUGCAGAAAAAUGUAAUCAACAAGAAGCAUGUGUUAUUUGUGGAAUGCGUGCAACAUUAUUGGCAACUCAGAAGAGUGGUGGUGUACCGAUAAAGCCAUGGCAAGUUUACUCUAAGUUACGUCUUAUUUGCAGACAUUUAACUCUAGGACGACAAGAAGAUGCUCAUGAGUUCCUAAGAUACCUUGUAGAAGCAAUGGAAAAAUGUUAUCUGGCCCGUUUUAUAAAUUCAGAUAAACUUGAUCAGUACAGCAAAGAAACUACUCCUUUGAACCAGAUUUUAGGAGGUUAUUUGAGAUCUACAGUCCGAUGUCUUGCCUGUCAUCAUUUGUCUACUACAUACCAGCAUUUUGAGGAUCUUUUAUUAGAUAUCAGAAAACACUCAACUUUAGAUGAAGCCUUGGACUCAUUUUUUUCUAGAGAAAGAUUAGAAGAUCUUGGUUAUAAAUGUGAAGCUUGUAACAAAAAGGUAUCAGCAACUAAACAGUUCUUUAUAGAGCGAGCUCCAAUGGUGAUAUGUAUUGCAUUAAAGAGAUUUUCCCUGGCUGGUGGGAAGCUUUCGAAACAUGUUCAAUUUAGAAAAAAAAUUAAUCUGAACAAAUAUAUGUACAAUAAGAAUAAUCCACAACAGUUGUCUUAUAAGUUGGUAAGUUUGGUGACUCAUUUGGGCCCAACACAAAAUUGUGGACAUUAUACUGCUAUAGGUCAAGCUCCUAACGGUAACUAUUAUCAGUUUGACGAUAGCAGCGUGCGGCCAUUGCCUCUGUCAGCUGUUUUGGGGACCAAUGCUUAUAUAAUGUUUUUUGAAAAAGAUAAUACUAUAGAAGAUUCAACUGUUCCCAGUGCUUCUACCUCAAAUGUUGUCUAUGGACCACAGCUAUCAGAUAAUAUACUUAACAGAGAAAAAAGUCCACUUAAAUUAACAUUUUAUAGAAAUGAUGAAAAAAAAUCUAGUGUUCUUAACAGCAGUACUAGCACUGAAGCACUUAAACCCGAAGUUAAACCUAUUAUAUUAAAUUCAACAUUAAGUAAGUCACUAGAGUCAAGUAAUUCUAUUAGUGAACCAUGGGUGGUAAAGCAAAAUGGUGAAGUAGAAAAAGUUUCUAUAGGUCCAAAAAUAUUAAAUAGUAUUGAAAAUUCUUCUCACAAAACAGAAGAAGACAAAAAGAUUAGUUUUAUAAUAAAAAAACAAGGCGAAGAGUGCCAUAACAAACCUAUAAUUUCAAAAAGUGAUUCGGACAUUAGAUCUAGUGUUAAUAUAGCAAUUAAGCCACUCGAAAAAUCGUCAUCCAUGAGUAAGUUAGUCAAACCGUUAAAAUCGCCCUUAGAAAAAUUAGAAGAACAAAUGAAUAAGAGCAACACAUUGAGUCCUAUUCAAAGAAAUGGAAACUCAUCCUCUAAGUUGGUACCAUAUGAUUCGGAGUCUAGCAGUGAUGAGCGCUGUGACAGAGUGAGUGACGAUAAAGCAAAGAAAGAAGAACCAAAGGAGCAGAUUCGUAAAACAAAACCAAGUAGAUGUGACUCACCACAGGGUCUCAUAGUCACCACCAAAGCAAUGCAUCAUGCAUGGACGGUGUCAAAGGAGAAAAGUGGCCCUCUGUUAAGCCCCAGUCUCAACGGUGACACUAUUAACAAGGCCAAGGAAAAGGAGGAGAGUCCUCAAACGAGCGUGAGCAGCAUGUCCCCACUGAGCGACCGCAGCGAGCCCGCGCCGCCCGCGCCGCCCGCGCCGCCCGCGCCCGCGUCCUCCGCGCUCGCCGCGCCCGCCGCGCUGGAUACGGCGCGACAUCUGCAGAGCUCGUCGCUACGCGGCUACGGCGCGCCCGUCUCCUCCUGGAACGGCACGCACAGCGCUAUGUCACGACAGGUUUUCGAAGAGAGACGAGAUGAGCGUAAGCGCGUUCACGAAGCGACUGACGAAAUGGAUCGUGGUCGCACGAAGAAAAUAAAGAAGUUUCACCAUUAUAACCGUUUUAACAACAACAGGAAUACAUAUAAUCCUUUCCAGGACAAACAAAACAAACUUCAUUGGGGCAAUAAUUUUAAAUACCGAAGUGAGCGACGCCCUGGACAUCAUUUCAAUAAACAACAAAGUAACAAGUACAAGCGAUUCAACAGGUACAGUAAUGGGCAUCACUAUCCAAGGCACCAUUGACCCUGGCCGGUCGUUGCCACUAUUUUGGUGUGCAUAGAUGAAUGGACAUAAAUUAAUAGUUAAAUAAAAUAUAAGUGAAUUAUAGGUAAGCUAAUUAUAAUAGUGACGUAUUUAUUCCCUACCGCCAUAAAGCCCGAAAAUUGUUAUAGCCAAAUGUAGCGAAGUGAAAAUGUUGUGGUUGUAUUAAUCAACACUAAAAUUUAUUAUUCAAUUGCCAGAGAUGUACAAGAUACCUCAUAAAAGAUUUGGAAUACAAAAUAUAAGAUACUUAGAGAUAAUGUCAGAUAUAACAUAUUUUUAAAUAUUUUUUUGAAACAAACAAAAAACAUGAAAUUGUUUCCUUAAGCAUGUCCUGACGUAAUCUAGAAAUGCGUAUAUAGUACUUAGUAUUUCCAAAGUACAAAGAUACCAACAAAAGUAUCUAAAUACUAGAUACAAAAUAAAAAUUUAUAAAAAAAUUACAUAUACAAGAUGAAAAUUCGUAUUUUAUAUCAGUAUUCCAAAUACUUGUAUCAAAUAACUCACAUCUCUGCCAAUUGCUGUGUAAAUUAAAAACUCAUAAAUUGACUUACUUUAAGUAUAGACUGCAAAUAUUAUAUUUAAUGUGAUUACAAAUUAUUCACAAAAAAUAUCGAUUGCUAACUUAAAUGUAAAAAAAGUAUUAUUUAAAGUUCCAUAAAUAUCCAAGUUAUAGAUAACAAAAAGAAACAAGGGCAAAGCAGAUCGUUAAUUUUAUAAAUAUUACACAGCACUACUUUAACACUUAUUUAUUCACUCUUACAUAAUUAUGAUAAUUUUUUUAACCAUACAUUAUAAUAUAAAAUUGUGUCUCAGGCAGACAUUAUGAUAUAUGUUUUAGAAAAUUACGGAGGUAUUUGAUAACUUAAAUUCAGUAUAACUAAAAACAAUGAAAUCAAUAUUGACAACUUAAAAAACUAAAUUUGUUAUUAACAACUAAAUAUAAAAUUGAUACCAUUUUUAAUUCUAGUUGCCCAUAGUUAUGACACACUCCAGUUUUUACAUGUUACAGAAUUUUUUAUUUAUGAAACAUAUUAUCGUAACAUUUUUAAUUAGAUGUUAUAAUUAUUUCUAUAUUUUUAAGUAGAGCUACAUAAACUUAAACUACUUUAGUUAGCAAUCGAUAUAAUUGAUAUCAUAAAGUAAAUAGUUGUUUAAAAUGAGUAUGAAUGAUUGAAAGUUUCUCUGUGUAAAAGGUCGGAAAGUUAUUAUAUAUAUUGUAAAAAAAACGUUAAUUUAUUAUCUUAUAUAUAUUAGAUAACAAAUUAAAGUUUUUUUUUUUAACGAAAACAAAAUAAUAUGAAUUUGCUGUUGCAUUUAAGUAAAAAUGUUAGAAAAACACUUUAUAAUUUAAAAACGACUUUAAAACUACACUGUGCUACUGACACUAAUAAGCCGUUUUAGUGCGAAACAAAAUAAGUAUUUCAAAUAAUCGUUGGGAUGACAACUUAUGCAAAAAAUUACUUUAAAAAUAAAUUACAAUUUGAGUAAAAUUCAAAUAUAAUUAGUAAAUAGUUACUGAAUAUUUGUAAAAUUUUUAAUAUGCAUAUUAACUUGUGUUCAUAUUAAUUUAUUUUAAUAAAAAAAAAAUAAUGUUUAUGCACAGAAAAUCUUAACUUGUAUUAUUAAAGUUACGAUAUAGUAGUAGGUUAUGUACUUCAGAAGAAACUAUGGUAAAUUUAUGAUAAAUAUUUAUCUAAUAGAUAGAAUAUUAAAUAUAACAAGAUGUCCAUAGCACAUAGUUAUGAUUUCACCUUUUAUUUACUACUUUUAAAUAUAUAGUAAUUUUUUGGCAAUUAAUCUUUUUUGUAAAUAUAGUAAGUUUGAAAUAUUAUGUAAAUAUCGACAUGGGCUUAUAUUUUUGUAAAAUAAAUCUACGUGAACUUGUGAACUUCGAUGUAACUUUAACGUUUAUUAAAUUAAUUUAAAAAAAUGUAGUAGCAAAGUAUUAGAUUAACAGUCCAGUAAUAACUACAUCGGAAUAUAAUAAGGAGUCUAAUAGUAAAAGUAAAUUUUAUUAGAUACUAACAAAAUUUAAACUCAAGUCCUUUGUAAGCAGAAUAAAAUGCAGCUUAAACUGCUUGUACCGACCAUUUAGUUUUUUGUUGUGUAUGCAUGUUAUGUUUUUAAUCAAAAUUGUAACAAAACAGGACAAUUAAAAAAUAUGAUAUAAGUGACCUUUCUACAGCCAUUUUAAGAAAAUUUAAUAUCCAUAUGUACUGUUACAAGUUUUUUAUAUAUGGAAUAAGCUUUUUUAUUGUUCCUUUUUAUAGAUAUUUAGCAAGAUUCCUCAAUCAAUAUAAAUUGUUAUCUCACAGAAACACAAAUCGUGAUAACCGUUACGUUUAUUUAAUUAUCUAGCAUUUAUUUUUGUAUUCUUUAAAACUUUGUUGUCGAACGUAGUCGAUACUCUGCUUAAGAACUUAUUUAGGAUUAAAUUUAACUUACGUAGACCUUAGUUUGUUACCUUAGCUAAUGUUAAUUUUGUUAAUACAAAGUGUCCGCCGUAGAUGAAUGGACAUCCAAUGUGUAAUAUUGUAAUUUGACAUUUAUAAGUGGUUGAAAAUAAUUUUCUGCAAUGGAUUUUUGCUAAAAAAGACCCUGCUGUAA